GUAAAUUCUAGAAAAUCCAAACUUUCUCUAUCUUAAUUCAACCAUAAUCAAAUUAUUAAACUUCUUACCGUUGGAUGCUGAGCUUUAAAGCUUGAAAGACACCAAGGAGCAACAAGCUAGGAUCGAAGAAUCUAAGCAAGCUGCGCUGAAAGCCUGGGAAGAUACUAAGAAGGCAGUCGCUCAAAUCUUCUGGAAAAUGGAAUUUAUUUUAAUUAGACCAGUAUGUACGGCCAUUGAUGACAAAAAGGGAGUUCGGCAUAGGCAGCAAGCAGAGAGGGAGUUCGGCACAGGGCAGCAAGCAGAGAGGGAGUCUGGCACAGUGCAGCAAGUAGAGAGGGAGUCCGGCACAGGCAACAAGCAGAGAGGGAGUCCGUCACAGGCAGUAAGCAAAGGAGUCCGGCACAGUGCAGCAAGUAGAGAGGGAGUCUAGCACAAGCAGCAAGCAAAAAGGGAGUCCGGCACAAGCAACAAACAGAGAGGGGGUUCAGCACAGGCAACAAGUAGAGCAGAGACAAAGUUCAGCAGUCAGCAAGAUGAAUUCCAGCAGAUCUGCAGGCUGCAGCUAACAGCUUUGACAGUAGCUCUAGGAGCGUAUCUGUAACAGCUCCAGCAGCAUAUUUGUAACAGCUCCAACAGCAGAUCUGUAGUAGCAAGAAGGGGAGAGGAAGGUUGAAAGUGAGGUGAGACUUGAGAGCUUGAUUGUCUGACCAAGACCAAGAAUGAGUGAGAGGCUGUGGCUGCAUGCAUGAGUGAGGAGAAAGGGAGGGGAAAUGAAUAAGGUUAUGAAAU